AUGACAACCACCAACGAUGGAUCAACUCCACCAAUGAACUCGACCCUGAACCCAAACCCGACAGCGACAACGACUUCGACGAUAACAACGACGGAGGGUACGAACUACGAUGAAUGGUCUUGUGGUAUGAAGACAGCCCUCUACUCACAAAAGAAAUUUGGGUUUCUCAACGGUGUAAUCCCACGACCCGAUGAAGGCUCUCCGGACCUUGAAGACUGGUGGACAAUCCAGGCGUUGCUUGUGUCAUGGAUCAAGAUGUCCAUCGAUCCAGUUCUGCGCUCUAACAUCUCUCAUCGAGAUGUUGCGAAGGACCUGUGGGACCACUUGAAGAAGAGGUUUUCGGUGACCAAUGGACCAAGGGUUCAACAAAUCAAGGCGGAUCUUGCGGGCUGUAAACAAAGGGGUCUCACUAUUGAGGCUUACUUUGGAAAAUUAACUCGUAUUUGGGACAGCAUGGUAAGCUAUCGUCCUCUUCGCCUUUGUAAGUGUGAGUGCGAUCUUGGCACGCUUCAAGAAAGAGACCGUGAAGAAGAUAAGGUACAUCAGUUUUUGUUUGGACGUGAUGAUACCCUUUACCGAACGGUACGCUCGAGCUUAGUCUCACGAAUUCCGAUCCAACCUUUGGAGGAGGUUUACAAUAUUGUUCGUCAGGAAGAAUAUUUGUUGCGAAACGACGCCAAUAGUCGUGAGGAAACAACUGAGGUCAGUGCCUUCGCUGUUCAAGCAGUACAAAGUGUUCGUCGAGACGAACAUGACAAGCAUGUCGUGUGUACGCAUUUUAACCGUAUUGUUCACUCAAGCAAGAGUUGUUACGGCAUCAUUGGGUAUCCGAAGUGGUGGGGGAAUCGACCACGUACUCGUGCAUCACCAAGUCAAGGUCGUGGAUGUGGAGGUUCCCAUGGAAGUAUGGGACGUGGACGUGCUAUGACGUUUGCCAAUGCUGUUCAGGUUGCCACUCCUACCAGCUCUGCGAAUGCUAACUAUGUUGUUACGGAUAAUGAUCAUGACAAAGUGGAAGUCAGCGAUGCUCAGUGGAGGGCCAUUAAAAACCUUCUCAAUGCCGGCAAACCCAAUGAGUCUGAAAAAUUAACGAGUACGUGUUUUCUUCCUUUUUGGAUUCUUGAUACGGGUGCCUCCCAUCACUUAACAAGUCGUCUAGAUAUCUUAACGGAUGUUAGAGAUAUGGCACCGGUUGGGGUUGUGUUAGCUGAUGAUAGAGAACGUAUUUUGGUGAAAGAAGGUUCUUCUGAGUUGAUUUCGUUGAGUCAGUUGAUGGAUGAGAACCAAUGUGUUGUCCAGUUGGCUGAUCAUUUCCUUGUUGUUCAAGACCGUGCUUUGAGGACGGUGACAGGAGUUGGUAAGCGUUUGGGAGGGACCUUUCACUUUAGAAGCUUGGAGUAUGCUGCAUCCGUUGUUAUAAGAGAUGAGAAGUCCUUUGAGCUCUGGCACAAUCGCAUGGGUCAUCCAGUUGCUAAAGUCGUGGGUCUACUGCCUGGUGUUUCUCUUAAUAAUUCUUCUACUUUUUUGAAUAAAGCGUGUGAUACAUGUCUCCGCGCUAAACAAACACGGUUGAGUUUUCCGAUUAGUGAGAAUAAAACGACAAAGAUUUUCGAAUUGAUUCAUUGCGACUUAUGGGGACCGUAUAGGACUCCCACUUAUUCUGGUGCACGAUUCUUUCUCACUAUCGUCGAUGAUUACUCGAGAGGUGUGUGGAUACACUUGUUGAAUGAUAAAUCAGAGGCUCCAACUCAACUACAGAAUUUCUUAGCAAUGACAACACGACAGUUCAACACACCGGUUCAAAAGAUACAUAGUGAUAAUGGGUCUGAAUUUGUUUGUUUGCGUGACUUCUUCAAAUCUCUUGGCAUAAUACAUGAAACGUCUUGUGUUGGUACUCCGCAACAGAACGGGCGAGCUGAGAGGAAACAUCGGCAUAUACUAAAAAUUGCUCGAGCUUUACGGACACCAAGCUCCGUUCUUCAGGGUUCUACUCCUUAUGAGCGCUUGUACAAAGCCAAACCUUCCUACGCACAUCUCCGAGUCUUUGGCAGUCUGUGUUAUGCUCAUGAUCAGUCUCACAAGGGUGACAAGUUUGCGUCUCGGAGCCGUAGGUGUGUUUUCAUGGGUUACCCGUAUGGGAAAAAAGGUUGGCGGUUAUACGAUCUUGAAAAAGCCCAGUUCUUUGUUUCACGCGAUGUUGUGUUCAGUGAAACAGAGUUCCCAUAUGCCUUUGUUCAUGCCGACGAACCAGAGGAGGAAGUGGAUAUGUCGCCGUACUUAACUUCUCUGUUUCACAAGGAAGAGGAUGCAAAUCAGGUGGGCCGUUCACAAGCUCCUAAUUUAGUUGGUCCUGUCACUUAUGACCCACCUGUUAUUGGGCAUGUGCCAAACCCACCGGUUAUUGGGCCUGUGCCAAACCCAACUUUUAUUGGACCUUUACCAAAUCCAUCUCCUUUGCCUUUCCCUUCUUGUGAUCAUCGUGACACGAUGGCGACGAUACAUCAGGACACACGCCGGCACACCGACGUACCAGCUACGAAAACACAGCCAUCGGUUGUGGCUUCGGUUCCUAUGGAGCCAGAACGGCUCGGUCGAGGUCAUCGACAGAAAACAAGAUCGGUCAAACUCAAAGAUUUUGUGGUCAAUACAAGUUACAAUUCCACAACUUCAACCGAUGCCUCGACCUCUCACUACCCGGUGGCUAAUUAUGUUGAUUGUGAAUGA